AUGACUUCGGAAGACAGAGAACUGCUGGCAAGGAUUAGUCAACUUGCCGCAUACCACCCCUACGUACAUCCGUACAGGCCUCGCGGGGGCUAUCGAGGGAAACCAGCGGCAUAUCGCAACCGGACGCUGGUGCUGAACUGCUCCUCCAAUGGGGACAAGUCAGACGGGACUGAUGCGCCACAAAAGUCCGAGUCACUGUCUGCGAAUGGAAACUGGGUAUCGAAAACGGACCGUCACAUGCAGCUGAUAAACUCUACCGUUUACGAGAAGGAAGCCCCGGCGCGAACAAAGGCGAUCGAGCAGACCAGGCUACAUAACCAAAAGAUGAAGGAUGAUCGGGAGCGAGCCAAGCUGCAAAAUCAUCUCAGAUAUCUGGCCAACAGUCACGGUGGCAGUGUUGGCGGUGGUAGUAGUAAUUACAAUGCUAAUGGACGCGCCCCAACGCCGUAUCAGAUUGUGGUGCAGGGCAUCUCUUUCCAUGUCGUCAAAAAUGGCAGCAAGCUUGUCAAAGCUCCUGGGGACCCGAACCCCCCCUCGAGCACGCCGAAGACUGCUAUCGUUGGAGGUGUCAAGUUUUUCCGCAGCAAGAACGGGAAUCUUUACCGCCACGGCGUGGUCAAGGCGCAGCGACGAGCCGGAAAUGUCAAGAAGAUUGAUCAGCCGUGCAAAAUAUUCUCAACGACCGGACCGUUUUGUCGUUAUAUCCACGACCCGGUAAAGGUGGCCGUGUGCAAAGAAUUCCUCCAAAAGGGCCACUGCGCAAGUGGAGACGACUGCGACCUAUCGCACGAACUCACGGCAGAACGCACGCCAUUCUGCCUGCAUUAUGCCAAAGGCAGCUGCACAAACCCAAACUGCCCCUAUACUCACUCGGAAGUUUCUACAGGUGCCCUGGUCUGCCGGCCAUUUGGUCUUUACGGAUACUGUGAAAAAGGCGCCGACUGCCUGGAACGCCACGUGUUUGAGUGUCCCGACUUCAGCAACACGGGCGUGUGUAAAGUUAAAGGCUGCAAGCUUCCGCACCGCGAGCGUGCCAGCUUUAUGCGGCGGGCAAACAUUGCCAGCUUGGAGAGAGAUGCCGACGCGGAAGAUGCCGACAUGGUGGACGCGUCGAGCGAUGAGUCGGUCCACAGUGACGACGUCGAUUCCGAUGAGGUCGAUGAGUUCGUCGGGGCGGAUGGCAACGAUGCUGAUCUUGACUUUGUGACCCAGAAGGACUUUAUCGAGUUCUAA